GUAAAAUCCAACAUGGCAGCCUCCAGGAGUGUUGGCAUGCGUCGAUUAGCUCGAAUUUUUAGUCUUUCAAGGAGCCAAGCUAGCAGGCCUCUAAGAUCUUAUCACAGCUCUAUUUCACCGGCAACUUUAACAGCAUCGUUAGAUUCACCCUUGAUGCACAAUGGCAACUACCAUCAAGGAUUACCCAGACAUCUGAGGGGGCUUGUCCACACCAGACAGUACUCAAGCACUGCAGAAACCGAGUCAUCUAAUGAAAUUGUUACAGGAAUCACUGAAAAUGAGCCUGAGAAUAUAGAAGAGGAGCCAGUAAAACACAGCAUCAUUCAGGAUUCAGAGACAUCCUCUGGAGACUUUCAACAACAUGAAUUCCAAGCUGAGACUACAAUGCUAUUAGAUAUUGUUGCCAAGUCUUUGUAUUCAGAAAAUGAGGUUUUUAUCAGGGAGCUGGUGUCCAAUGCCAGUGAUGCCCUGGAAAAACUACGCUAUCUACAGCUGACCCAGGAUAAUCUUGAGAAACCUGGAGCCUUGGAGAUUCACAUUGCAACCAACCAGGACAAGGGAACCUUUACUAUACAGGAUACUGGUGUUGGUAUGACAAAGGAAGAGAUGAUAGAAAAUCUAGGAACCAUUGCAAGAUCAGGGUCAAAGGCAUUUCUCAAAGAACUACAAGAGAAAGGUGGAAGCUCAGACAGCAGUAUCAUAGGGCAGUUUGGAGUGGGUUUCUAUUCAGCAUUCAUGGUAGGAGAUACGGUGGAAGUUUUCUCAAAGUCGCAUAAAAAGGAUGCCAAAGCGUGGUAUUGGUGUUCAGAUGGGUCAGGGCAAUAUAAAAUCAGUGAGGCUGAAGGAGUGAUGAAAGGAACUAAGAUUGUGAUUCAUCUCAAGAAGGACUGCUGGAAGUUUGGCAUGGAGUCAGAUGCCAAAGACAUCUUGCUGAAACACAGCAACUUUGUUGGAGUACCGAUCUUCCUCAACGGCAAGCUUAUCAACACCACCCAGGCGCUCUGGACAGAGGAAACCCGUAAAAUCACAGAACAGAACCACACUGAUUUCUACCAGUACCUCACCAAGAACACCUAUGAUACGCCCCGCUACACCCUCCACUUCAAGGCCGAUGCCCCCCUCAAUAUACGUAGUCUUUUCUACGUCCCGAAUCGGCCGCCGGCAAUGUGGGAGCACAGCCAGCAGGCAGAUAGCGGAGUGUCGCUCUUCAGCCGCAAGAUUCUUAUCCAGCACAAGGCAGAGAAGAUAUUACCCAAGUGGCUGCGUUUUGUUACAGGUGUUGUAGACAGUGAAGAUAUUCCUUUGAACCUUAGCAGAGAGUUGCUUCAGGAUAGUGCGCUUAUAAGGAAGCUGAGAACUGUACUGACCACUCGACUGGUCAAGUUCUUUACUGACCAGGCUAGGAAAGACCCUGCUAAGUAUGACCAGUUCACUGAUGAGUACAGUCUCUUCCUUAGAGAGGGUAUUGUGUCUGCACAGGAACAGGCUGAGAAGGAAGAGAUAGCUAGACUGCUGAGAUACGAGUCAUCAUCCUUACAAGAAGGACAGAAAACCAGCCUAGUGGAGUAUGGAGAAAGGAUGAAGGGAGGAGAACGCAAUAUCUACUACAUUUGUGCACCAAGUCGAGAGCUGGCGGAGGGCUCACCUUACUUUGAAGCAUUCAGGCAGAAAGAUCGUGAAGUAAUUUUCUGCUAUGAUGAUUACGAUGAGAUCACUAUGUUACAGCUCAGGGAGUUUGAUCGUAAGCUGCUGAGGUCUGUAGAGAGUGAGAUGGCAGGAGAUCAAUCAAGCGAAGAGAUAGCUCAAGAAAAUGUUGAAGGAAGUCUAACCACAGGGGAAGUCAAUUCUCUUGUCCAAUACCUUAAAGGAGCUUUAGGGGUCAAGGUCAACAAUGUCAAGGUAACCCAAAGACUUGGUCAGUACCCUGCCAUGAUCACUGUGGCUGAGAUGGGCGCUGCAAGGCACUUCCUUAGAACAGCCAUGAAGAAUCGCACUGAGGAAGAGAAGAUGCAGCUACUCCAACCAACAUUAGAGGUUAAUGGAAGCCAUCCAAUCGUAAAGAAAUUGUUUGCCUUGAAAACAUCAGAUCCAGAUUUAGCAAAGAUGCUAGCAGAACAGAUUUAUGAUAAUGGAAUGAUAGCUGCUGGACUGGUAGAAGACCCCCGUCCUAUGCUCGGCAGGUUUUAUGCUUUCAUGGAGAAGUCAUUGGAGAAAUACUAAAAAUAAAUAAUCAUUUUAUAACUGAAUGUUUGAGACGCCAUGUCUCAUGCUCUACAAUGCAUGUGUCUGUAUGGAGAAGACAUCAAGUGAAAGAAUCACCACUCUUCGGUAGAAUGGUAUAUGAUUUGCAAACUAUGUUUUGUUGCUCAUAUGAUUUCACAAAAUACCCUUGGAGAAGAUGUGAAUGAAGGAUGUCCACUCUCCAACACAUCGUGAAGCCCUCUUAAUGUAUAAGGCAGUCAACCAUCUAAUAAAAAAUACAUAGAGCAAAAUGAAAUGACAGAAGCAUGGUGCAUUGCACAUACAGUUGUGCUUAAAGGUAAAGAUCAGUUUUGGAAACGCCACCCUCUCAAAAAAUGAAAUGGAAGUCUUGGUACCAAUCAUUUGAAAGAAUAUGUUUUGACUAAUACG